CCGGGAGAUUUCCUUCCCAAUCCUAACGCUCUCACUUUGUUCGUUUCCUUCCGUUGCGCAAACGCUGUCGUUUCACUGAAACACACGCCACCGCCUCUCGUCUUCCUCGCGAACGUACACUGCUGUUUCCUAAAAACAGCAACUUGGAAAUUGAAGACUGAAGAAGAGUCAGAGUGAUCGGUUGCUGUCGGAAGAACCCUAAUUGGGAAUGAAUCAGAGGUAGCAGACGGAGCAAUUGAUCGGAAUCUUCUGCUUGGGAAGCUUCAAUCGGCGGAUUCGGCUAUUAUUCCGUGACAUGCGAUUGUAGAAGGGAAGGAGCCGGAGCUAUGGGGUGCACGCAGUCGAAGAUCGAGGACGAAGAGGCUGUCAUCCGAUGCAAGGAGCGGAAGCAGCACAUGAAGGAUGCCCUGGCCUUCCGGAACGCCUUCGCCGCUGCCCACUCCGCCUACGUGGUGGCCCUCAAGAACACCGGCGCUGCCCUUAGUGAUUAUGCCCAUGGAGAGGUACAGAAUCCCCUCCAGCUCGCCCCCAGUCACUCAGGCCCCGCCGCUGCGGCAGCUCAGCUCUCUUACGAGUUUCCGGUGCCGCCUCCGCCUUUGCCGAACUUCGGCUCUCAGGCACCGCUCCAGCGGGCGGUUAGCGCCCCGGAGAUAAAGAUCCUGAAGGAGGAGGGAAGGCAGGUGGAGCCGACGAUCCAGGAGGGCGAUGAGGAAGAUGAGCUGGAGAGCGAGGCAAGCGGCAGUCUUAGGCAUAGGAGCAGCAGGGGUCGGCCCCAGCCGCCGCAGAAGCCGCCAUCUCCGCCACGAUCGGCGGCGGCGCCGCCUCAUGUGGAAAGCCAGCCCCUUGCCACCCCUCCUCAGGACUAUUACGAUUACUUCUUUCCUCCUGUGGAGAACGUGCCUGGACCAAGCCUGAGCGAGGUGGUGGAGGAGGUCAAGGUCGAUAAGCAGCAUAUAGAGGCGAAGGUCCAUGAUGAAAUGCCCGGGAGAGUGGAACGCCAUGCCGAUGUGGCUCCAGAACCGGCAAUGGAGAAGGUGGUGGAACCGCCCCCACCACCCCCAGUGGGAGGGAAGAUUCUGAAGAAAGGGAAGGGAGGAUCUAUGGGAGCAGAGGGGAAGAGGUCCCAGAAGAAUAUCAAUUUGGCCCUGAUAUUUGUGGAGCUUGAUGAUCAUUUCCUGAAGGCUUCGGAGAGUGCCCAUGAAGUGUCAAAGAUGCUGGAGGCUACUCGGUUGCAUUACCACUCAAAUUUUGCAGAUAAUCGCGGUCAUAUUGACCACUCAGCAAGGGUGAUGCGUGUUAUUACUUGGAAUCGGUCGUUUAGGGGGUUGCAGAAUGCUGAUGAUGGGAAGGAUGACUUCGAUUCUGAAGAAAAUGAAACUCAUGCCACUGUCUUGGAUAAGUUGUUGGCUUGGGAGAAGAAGUUGUACGAUGAAGUGAAGGGAGGUGAGCAAUUGAAAAUCGACUAUCAAAAGAAGGUUGCUAUGCUUAACAAGCAAAAGAAACGUAGCACCAGCUCUGAAUCUCUGGAGAAAAUAAAAGCGGCUGUGAGUCAUUUGCACACGAGAUACAUCGUUGACAUGCAAUCCAUGGAUUCAACUGUUUCAGAAAUAAAUCGUCUGAGAGAUGAACAAUUGUACCCAAAGCUUGUGCAGUUAGUGGAUGGGAUGGCUAGAAUGUGGGAGAUCAUGAGGGAUCACCAUUACACUCAACAAAAGAUUGUGCUCAACUUAAAAUAUCUGGACAUCUCCCAAUCACCUAAGGAGACAAGUGAUCACCAUCAUGGUCGAACCAUUCAGCUUCUUAAUGUAGUCGGAGAAUGGCACUUGCAGUCUGGAUUGCUUGUGGAUAAUCAGAGGAAGUACGUAAAAGCACUAUACAGUUGGUUGAGGUUGAACCUGGUCCCAAUAGAGAGCAGCUUGAAGGAGAGGGUUUCUUCCCCUCCUCGGGCCCAGAGCCCCCCAAUUAAGAAACUCCUCCAUGCUUGGCAGGAUGGCCUUGAGAAACUCCCUGAUGAGCUUGCACGAACCGCAAUCUAUAACUUCCGUGCCGUUAUAGACACGCUUGUGAAUCUCCAACAGGAUGAAAUCAAGCAGAGAGACAAGUGCGAGGAAACAAGGAAGGAGCUCGCUCGCAAGGAGCGGAGUUUUGAGGACUGGAAGAGGAAGCUUAUGGAGCGGACGACCCCAGCUGGUGAUGCGGAGGCUGAUGAUGAGCGCCACAGGAACGCCCUAGCAGAGAAGGAAGUGGCAAUUGAAGUACUCAAAAAUAGGUUGAAGGAAGAACAGGAAGCUUACGAGAGGGUGUGCCUGCAGGUGAGGGAGAAAUCCCUGGUGAGUUUUAGGAACCGUAUGCCCGAGCUCUUCACUGCUAUGGCGGGCUUUGCUGCUGCCUGCACAGACAUGUACAAGGAGCUGAGGUUGGUAUCACAGCAGCAUCCGAUCGCUGUAAAUGGUGAAGCUUCCCCGACGGAAUGAUGUCUAUAUAUUGAAUGCAGUAUCUUUUUAUACAUGUAUAUUGAUUGAUGGGGUCUUGCAUAUCAAUACAAAGCAUGUAACUGCGUGCAAAUAAGUAUACUUUUGUAUGUAGUAGUGAUACAGAGAUGUGCCUUUUUCUCUGAAAGUCCCAAUGGGACACGUCCUCCAUAUGAUUUGUACUCUUUUUUAAGUAGACUUUCCCGCCUUACGCAUUGUUGCUCUGUUU